CUCAAAAUCGCAAACCAGAAAGGCACGCUCUCAGUGACAAGCAACGUCACUUUGGUUCGUCUCUGGUUUUCCUCCCCUGAAACCCAGACGAUCUAAUCACCCAAUUAUGACUCCAAUCUGCGAGGAAUUGGAAACACAGCAACUGAGCACCUCGGAAUCGCCUAGCAAUAGCAAACCAGAAGCAACGAUCGGAAUCGACUGGGCCCCUCAGAUCGGCGACGAACUGGAUCUAACUGCUGAGAACAAAGCUGAUUCUCAGAUCGGCGAUGAAUUGAAGAGAGCUAUUGAGAGCGUCGGUGGAAAUGGGACGAGUGGGGAGAAAUCGAAGGCAGCUGAAGGAGAAGCAAUGGAGAGUUUGGAUGAGAAAGAGGGAAAUAAAGGGGAAAAUGUGAGAGAAAUUGAGAGUGUGGAGAAAACGGUGAGAGAAAUUGAGAGUUUAGAGAAAAAUGCAGACAAAUCAAAUCGAUCUUUAACUAUGAGGGAGCUCUUGAAUGAGUUGAGGGAUGAGGAUACCGGAUCGAUAGGAGAUGGUUAUGGUGGUGAAUUCCUUAGAAAUGGUGCAUCUUCUGAUGCUCAGAGAGGAGAUACCAGCUCCUCUUACAGUCAGGAAAGCUUGCAACAACAAUCCGUAGGCCAAAACAAUAUUGCCAUGGACUUAAUUAAUAAUGUCACUGGAGUGGAUGAAGAAGGCCGUUCUCGCCAGCGCAUACUUUCUUUUGCUGCAAAACGGUAUGCAAGUGCUAUAGAGAGAAACCCGGAGGACUAUGAUGCACUUUACAAUUGGGCAUUGGUUCUUCAGGAAAGUGCUGAUAAUGUGGGUCCCGAUUCAAUUUCUCCUUCAAAAGAUGCUUUGCUUGAAGAAGCUUGUAAAAAAUAUGAUGAGGCUACUCGAAUUUGCCCUACUCUUCAUGAUGCAUUUUAUAAUUGGGCUAUUGCCAUCUCUGACCGAGCGAAAAUGCGAGGCCGAACUAAGGAGGCUGAGGAAUUAUGGAAACAGGCAACCAAAAAUUAUGAAAGAGCUGUUCAACUUAACUGGAACAGUCCUCAGGCACUAAACAAUUGGGGACUUGCUCUGCAGGAACUAAGUGCUAUUGUUUCUGUCCGGGAAAAGCAAACCAUUGUACAAACUGCUAUCAAUAAGUUCCGUGCAGCGAUUCAGUUACAGUUUGAUUUCCAUAGGGCAAUAUACAACCUUGGCACUGUUUUGUAUGGUUUGGCAGAGGAUACCUUAAGAACUGGGAGACAGUUUGAUGCCAAAGAGAUCUCCCCUAAUGAGCUUUAUAGUCAAUCUGCAAUAUACAUUGCAGCUGCCCAUGCCUUGAAGUCCAAUUACUCGGUUUACCGCAGUGCCUUGAGGCUUGUUCGUUCGAUGCUUCCUUUGCCUUACUUAAAGGUGGGAUAUUUGACCGCACCACCUACAGGGAACCCAGUUGCCCCCCAUAAUGAUUGGAAGAGAUCCCAAUUUGUUUUGAACCAUGAAUGCCUUCAACAGGUAAGCAGGGGUGAGCCAAAGCAAUCCACACAGAGUCCUUCAGCCAUGUUAGCAAGCACCACACAUAUUGAAAAACCUCUCAUCAAAGUUGAUAUUCUUGAUAUUACAUCAAUAUCAGCAUGUGCAGAUCUUACAUUACCUCCAGGCGCGGGCCUUUGUAUUGAUACAAUACGUGGGCCAUUAUACAUGGUUGCUGAUACGUGGGAAUCCAUGGAUGGGUGGCUAGAUGCAAUUCGUCUGGUGUACACCAUCUUUGCACGUGGUAAAAGCGAUGUUCUCGCGGGUGUUAUAACAGGCUGAUUCAUUGAUAAUAUUGUAGUUUAUCGGAGGAUGUCGUCUGAUUAACUAAUCGCUCAAAUUUUCUUUGCAAAAUAUAUCUUGGCAAUUUUCUGUUGAGUUAUUUUUUCUGUUUUGGAUAUAAGUUUACUAAUGUAUUAGCAUUGUGAAAGUGUCAUCACUCAGAUGUUUGUCAAAAACCCAACAAUACAAGAGAUGUAUGCAUCCAUUUUCUUUGAAUUUC